AUGAGGCCCGGGAUUGGACUGGAGAAUGCGGAACCCCGUCCUCGCAAGGCCUCUGCCGCCGACCCCCCCUCGCCGUCUGGCGAACGCUACAGCACAUCUCCCACCACUUUCUUCCUGUCCCGGGACCCUGAUGCAUCCAGAAUGCAGAACGACCGGAGCGGCGGCACCCCGUCACCCACCCCGGUGGUGAGCAGCCUGCAGGACACCAUUCAAGAGGCGGAGCGGUCAGGCAAGCACACAGGCCCGCGACCAGCGGAGGCAAGGAGUGGAAGCCGCAGACGGUCUACCAUCAAGCCUGGCGCCUACGGACACUUUCGACGACGGUCGUCAAACGCCAGUGCCGGUACCAAUACCAAUAUCGAAGCCGUACAGCCGCUGCUGGACAGAGGGACCACUCCAUCUCCCCUACCGUCCCAAGACGUCUCUCUCCCGAGCAGCCCCAAGUCCACAUCCUCGAGAUCACUUCAAAAAUCCGACGAUGAAUUGACUAAUGACGAGUCUGGGAGCCAGGCAGUGGCUUCUAGCGAAGAAGACGAGGGGGAAACACCCGCUGUCGUACAGGACAGUCAGCCAGAGCUUAUCAUGCCCAGUAUUACGAUGCCGAGUCGACGGCCGUUUACUGAUCGAGGGAAACGACUAGGAAGAUUCAAGGUCAUGGUAGCGGGUCGCAAAGGUGUCGGCAAGACCUCUCUUAUCAAGUCGAUCGUUCAACUCUGUGAAGAUAUUGUCCAUGUUGAUCCGGUAUUGUCGAGUUCAACAAAAGGGCCUCAACGUGACGGCCAUGGCCCCGUGGAGACACUAAGUGAAGUGUACGCCAGUACCAAACCUUACCCGGCUUGGUGGUCCAAUGUCGAGGAAAGUCGUAUCUUGCGACGGAGGAAGAGUAUGGGCGACUCCGUGUUGGAGAGGAAUGUCUGCUUUGUCGACACCUCGGACGCCGUCAAACUCGACAGGAUCAUCCAAUACACAGAGCAGCAGCUUGUCAAUGCCAUGGUAUCGAUCGAUCGACUUACAAAUGAGUUCUCAGGAUUGCUCAGUGGGCGAGGGUCUUCACAUGUUGAUGUAAUUCUAUAUCUCAUCUCGAAAGACCACAUCGAGGAUGACUGCGAACGGAUUCGCCAGCUGUCAGAGUUGUGCAACGUCGUGCCGCUCGUUGCCAAAUCAGAUCUCCUUUCUCGAGCCGAACAAAACGAGCUCAAACAAGCCCUGGAUCUUGGCCUUGCAGCUCUUCCUCGGCUCCCCGUAUCGUUCAUAUCUGAGGCCGAGGUCAAAGCGACAACGGCGGCGCCUUACACCGUCACAUCCACGAGCGGCCCAGACCUCGACACGAUGGAUGCAUCCCUGCUGAUGUCACCCGAGUAUAUCCAGCCUCUUUUACCCUCGGAGCUCAGCCUGCUCGUGGAACAGAUAUUCGAGCCGGAAACGGUAUCUUAUCUGCGGCAUACGGCCGCGCGCAAACUGGUGGCAUGGCAUGCCCGGCAUCCCAGACUGACGACGGUAUCAUCGCCGUCACUCCCGUCGGUGCACAACUCGACGUUGACGUCUCCGGUGCAGACCUCCCUCAGCAACUCCGCCGUCUUACUCCCCCUAGGAUCUGACGUGUCUCUCAACACUUCCAACAGUUGGGCGUUGGCGAAAGUGGCAGACCAUACACAGCGAGAAGAGCGCCUGGCUCAAGUCCGGCUGUCCAAAUGGGCCAGCGAGCUGCAACUCAGUCUCCAGCGUGAACGCGAGAGAUAUGAGAGACUGGCCCGCGGCGAACGAGCAGUGUGGUUGGUGGAGCGGAUGGGCGAGGAAAUCCGCGACGGCCGCGUCCUCCCGCACGACCAUUUGUCGCCGCACCAGCAGCAGCAGCAACAAGCUCUCAUGGAGAAGGGCGUGAAAGCCGGUAUGCUGUAUGGUUGUGCUGACAUUCCCAGCUAUCAAAUCCAUGAUCCACUGGGCCUGUUGCGCUGGCAAGAUAGCGUGCGCACUCGUGGCUGGAUCGCCCUGCAAAUCGUCGGCAGUUUCGGCGUCAUGGGGGGCCUUGCCUUCUGGCUCGCGCGAACGUGCGGGCUGACCGCUAGUAUCAACGACUGGGCCCAGGGCUGGCACAUGUCGUUGUUCGGGCAGGAUUGA